AUGGAACGGGACAGGCGUCUACCCAACAGCCAACCGCUCAAGAGGCCAAGAAAACAGCCAACUCGCAAGGACUUCCCAACUUGUUACGCCGACAUCAAUAGUUUCCCUUGUUUUCUCUCUCACUGUCUCCACCCCAGAAUGAUUGGAUGGUCGGGAACUUUCAAAAGUUGGCAUAAGGCGAAUCGGCACGUCUUGAUUUCAGGUGUCUCUGUAGGCAGACGCAAUCUCUGUUGUCUUAUUCGACCUGGAGAACGAGUUGCCGAGAGAAGGGGGUGCCUUGUUCCAAAGAUCCGGGACCCGUGUAACCUCGCGGCAGCAUCCGCUGUGGCCGGCGCACAUUGUAUGCCAUAUGGCCUUUACCCUGUUACAAAAGCUAUGCUUUCCAGCGGGCGUUGGCAGCUCUUUUCACCUACCCCGCUUCAACGGCACAAUCCUAAUGAGUUCAAUGGUCAGCGGCAUAAUCUCUGUCAAGGCAGUCGUGGAAGAAGAGUUUGUUUGCCCUCUUGGCGCAUAUGCUUCCUUUUAACCCCCCUUGCACUAGACAUUGCUUACAUUCUCGUGGGAGUUUUGCGGAUCGGCUCUCCUAGCGUGGGCGUCAGCCAUGCGGGAGCAAGGAUCAGUCUCACGCUUGAAAAUCCUGAGAUUCUCUCUUACACCCGCUCCCCCACCCCUCAUUCACGUCAGGCCCUCGUCGACAGGGAUGUAAACAGCGAAAGAAGCACUCAUGUCUUUCCGGACAUGCAGAUCCAGUGGCUUGAUUUCUGUGUUACAACAAGACUUGAAUUGUCGUUGUCUUGUGAUCAAAGAAGUGCAGAUGCCGGGCCAGGGUCAUCCUGUCAAACAUUGUUGGAAGUUGCAGUUGGUGGCGUUUUGACUUGGGUGGGAAUUGUUUGCCUGUCUUGUCUUCGAUACCGUUGGUCCGGACAUGGCUUGGAACACCCCUGGCGAAGGAUUGUGAUGGCUUUAUGGGGGGUAAGCAUCGAAGUUGCAGAUUCGGUCUAG